CCCGACAAAGCGUAUGUCACGUGGUAGGACUAGCGGCACUUCCGGCUCAACGCCCAGAGAUCAAGAUACAAUUUUAACCGGGUUCAUAAACUAUGCAAAAAAACAAAAAGCCGAAUGACGGAAUUUUUUUUUUUUUUUUAAACACCCGCAAGCAUCUUUCCGUUUCCGAUUUCCGUAUUUGAAGUGAAAUGUUCCGAGAAGUUUUUUUUUUUUUUUGAAACAUCGGUAUUAUAAUGUGUAAUUAUAUAAGGCUAGGAUUUUAUUUUUUAUGAGAAGAACCACGUUUUUUACGUAUUAAAAAAUAUAAUUAAAAAAACUAAGGCUUUUUUUACAAGUAUACAUGAAGGGAAAAAAAAUGUAUAUUUGUGUUUCAAUUUUAAAGAUUUCAUGACGUGUUGCGACUUGAGUGUUACGUCGUUUAACGUGUUUUUUUUUUUUUAGUAACUGUAAAGUUGGACUCGCGUGGUGAUGAAGGCUUGGUUGUUAUUCCCGUCUUCUCUCUCCCGAGGUCAUCGAAAACCACGGAAGACUCUCGUCAAAUGGUUUUAACAAGUAGUUCGCCCUAAAAGGUUUUUCUUUUUUUGCUUGUGAGUUUCGUUGUGGUUCAUAAACCCGAAAGGGGGGAGAGACCCCGGAACAGAUUUUAUUUUUUGUUCUCUCUGGUCGCGCGCGGACGGCGAUGCUCGAGGUGUUGUGACGUGACAGUGACGUGACAGUGACGUGACAGUGACGUGACGUCACGAUGAUGUCCUCGGCGCCGCGGGUGGACAGCGCCGUCUGGGCAUCGGCGGUCGUCGCCUUCGUCGUCUACGCCAACACCUUGGACGCCGGCUUCGUCUACGAUGACAGCCGCGCCAUCGUGACCAACGACGACGUGAGGACGGACUCGCCGUGGUCGUCGCUCUGGCUGCACGACUUCUGGGGCACCCCGCUGGCCCACGGGGGCUCGCACGGCUCCUACCGGCCCCUGGCCGUGCUGUCCUUCCGCCUGAACGCCUGGCUGUCGGGGGCGGCGGCCGCCCCCGGCUUCCACCUGGCCAACGCCCUGCUGCACGCAGCCGCCUCCGGGGCCCUGGCGGCCUGGGCGCGCCGCCUCCUGGGGGCAGCCGCGUUGCCCGCGGGGCUGGUGCACGCGCUGCACCCCGUGCACACGGAGGCGGUGGCGGGGCUGGUGGGGCGGGCGGACGUGGGGGCGGCGCUCUGGUGCGUCGCGGCGCUGCUCGCGUACAGGUCGCACCUGCGGCGGCGGGGCGGUGCCGACCCAGGUGCGGCUGCACCAUACCUGGCUCUGACGUUGGUAUGUUGCGUCGGAUCGAUGCUAUCGAAGGAGGUUGGUGUUGGCACGCCGCUCCUCUGCGUCGCCUACGAAGCUCUGUGCCACCUCAGGUUGUCCGCCUCGCAGGUGCUCUGCUUCUUAGUUGGGCUUAGCAGUAAGGGGAUGUCCAGAAGUUCAGCCCGCAGCACCCGGUGGGUGCUGCUCUGCCUAUGCGCGAUGGUGGCGGCGCGUGCGGCCUUGACGGGAGGCCGCCUGCCCACCUUCUCGUCGGCGGACAACCCUGCUUCCAGGAGCGGGUGCCUCGUCACCCGCACCCUGACUUUCCUCUACCUGCCCGCCUUCAACUUCCUCCUGCUGCUCUGUCCGGUGACGCUGAGCUUCGACUGGUCCAUGGAGGCGAUCCCCCUCGUCACGGACCUCCUCGACUUGAGGAACGCCUACACCGUGGCCUUCUACAGUGCCUUUGUCUACGUCACAUUCAAGCAUCUGCGGUGUCUUGGUGAGGAUGCUCAACUGGGAUGCUGCAAGAACUCGACGCACGUCAACGCAAACUCCAGGAUCCCCUCCGGUCCAGGGAAAGCAGGAAUUGGUCGCUCGGUUUCCUUGGACAAACAUUGUAACUCGCCGGCUCACAGAAGGUGCAGGAACCUUUUUUGCGAGGUUGGGAUGAAGACCGUGGAUCCAGGGGGAUCGGUGUGCUGCAAGAACGUGACUGACAUCAAUGCGAACGUCAGGUCACACGUCGUCCCUGGCCCGGUGAAAGUUGGAAACGCGCAACUGAUCUUCCAGCACAACCACUGUGCUUCGCCGACGAUUAGGAGGCGCGGUUGCUGCCCGUUCGAAGACUACCUUAAGAACAAAGAGAGGAAGAGACGGACCUCCUCCCUGGUUCUCUUCGGGAUCGCCAUGAUGGUGGUUCCGUUCCUGCCGGCUACCAACCUGCUGGCCCAUGUGGGGUUCGUGGUAGCGGAGAGGGUGUUGUAUAUGCCCUCCAUGGGGUACUGCUUACUGGUGGGACAAGGUAUGGCGAGAUUGGCCGCUCAUCCCUGGAGGUCUGUGAGGAGGCUGUGCCUCUUGGGAUGCCUUCUCUUGCUGCUAAGCUUCGGAGUCAAAACUUGGAGGAGGAACUUCGACUGGAAGGACGAAGAGAGUUUGUAUCGAUCAGGAAUUCAUAUCAAUCCUCCAAAAGCUUAUGGCAACCUGGGAAUCAUCCUAAACGCCCAGGGCAGGAGCGCAGAAGCUGAGCAGUGCUACAGGAAGGCCUUGUUCUACAGACCCAACAUGGCCGACGUCCACUACAAUUUUGGAGUACUGCUGCAGAGUCAGAGGCGCCUGGCGGAAGCCAUCCAUGAGUUCCGGCUUGCCAUCCAGUUCCGCCCCACUUUGGCAGCGGCGCACCUGGGCCUGGCGGCGGCGCUCGGCGGGGUCGGCAGGGACGCCGAGGCGGAGGCGGUGCUGGCGGCGUGCUGCUCGCUGGACGGCUCCGGCCUCAAGGACCCCGGCUCGCACGAGGCGGCGGUGGCGGGCUGCCGCCUCCAGCGGGGGCGGCUGGCGCUGGCCCGGGGCCGCCCCCAGGAGGCGGUCCGCGUGUUCCUGGGGGCCGUGCGCUCCCUGCCGCCGCGCUACCCCGCGCAGAGCCUGUUCAACUCGCUGGGCGAGGCGUACAGCCGGCUGGGCGAGGACUCGCUCGCCGAGUCGUGGUUCAGGGCCGCACUCGCGGCGAGUCCGGGCCACGUGGCCGCGCAUCUCUCCUACGGCCAGAUGCUGGCCAGGAACAGCUCGCGAUUGGUGGAGGCGGAGCAUUGGUACCGGAGAGCGCAGACAUUGGCUCCUGGAGAUCCCGCCGUGCAUAGGCAUUACGGCCAGUUCCUGCUGGACCGGGGGCGGCCCGCGGAGGCGGCGCGCAGCUUCCUGGCGGCGGUGUCGCUGUCGGGGGCGGACUACGAGGACGUGGUGCGAGCCGCGGCCAGCCUGCGACUCUCCGGCGACCUCCGGGAGGCGGGGAGACUCUACGAGAUGGCCGCCGGCAUCAGACCCCAGGACCCCGCCGCCCUGUCGAACCUGGGCGCGCUGCGCCACGUGACGGGCCGCCUCCGGGAGGCGGAGGCGCUGUACCGCCGCGCGCUCAGGCUGCAGCCAGACGACGCCGUCUCCCUGCAGAACCUCCGCAAGCUGGGGCGGCUGCGGGGGCGGCUGCGGGGGCGGCUGGAGCUCGAGGAGCGCGAGCACACGUGACGUCACCUCCCGGAGGCGGCGUGUCUCUCUGUGAUACUGUCGGCUGCUCUGGCGGCUCUGGUUGCCGGUGGUAUCGCUCACGGACCUUAUCUGUCCGAUGAUCAUCUGUUUACGAUUACCAUCUGUUUCCUACGACUAUCCAUUUCCUAUGGCUAUCAAUUUCCGGUGGCUAUCCGUUUACAAUGGAUUUCGGUUUAUGAUGGCUAGCUGUUUUCAAUGAGUAUCCGUUUACAAUGGCUAUCCGUUUACAAUGGUUAUCCGUUUACAAUGGCUAUCCGUUUACAAUGGUUAUCCGUUUACAAUGGCUAUCCGUUUCCGGUGGCUAUCUGUUUACAAUGGCUAUCCGUUUCCGGCGGCUAUCCGUUUCCGGCGGCUAUCCGUUUCCGGCGGCUAUUCGUUUAUUGCGGUUGUCCGUUUCCGGCGGCUAUCCAUUUACAAUGGCUAUCCGUUUCCGGUGGCUAGCUGUUUUCAAUGACUAUCCGUUAAAAUGGCUAUCCGUUUACAAUGGCUGUCUGUUUACAAUGGCUGUCUGUUUACAAUGGCUGUCUGUUUACAAUGGCUAUCCGUUUCCGGCGGCUAUCCGUUUCCGGUGGCUAUCCGCUUCCGGUGGCUAUCCGCUUACAAUUGAUGUCUGUUGCCGAUUGUAUCUGUGGCUGAUGGAUUCGUUAGUCGAUUUCCUGAUGUUUGUAUCAAUUUGCGAUGGUAUACGCUGCUGGACGUCAUGUAUUUUGUAGCGUAGAUGGUUGUUGAAGUUAGCCGAACGCCGGGAGAUUCUCGGGAAGUUUGUUGCUCAGGGAAUGCUGCAAGGACCCUCGUCGAGCCUGGCAGCGCCGUGUGUGCGAGGCCACAAGAGGCAAGAAAACCUGCGGUGUUGAUCCCCUCCGACAGUGUAAAGGGAAUUAGUCAAGCAGCGGUCUCUCUCCUGAUAACUUCGUUCGCGCGUGGAUGUCUUGGGGGUCCGAGCCACGCGAUCAGAUUUACGGAAUGGAUCCUACGUCGGGAAUUUCAAACCGCAUGUUACACCGCUGCGUGGAGCAAGCGGGUGAGAUGUACGUAGUUUACGAUGCUGCGACACAUUCCGUGGAAAUUUGACGUGUGGCGUCGCUGAAAACACCAGUACUGCAACAGGUGUUUGGAAUGGAACAUGUUCUGACAAAGGGAAAGAGGGGGAAAGAAGCAAAACCAGUUUGAUUUUUUUCGACAACCUCAGGUAAAUGUAUAGAAUACAGAAAAGUAAUUAAAGUAGACAGAAAAAUUCUGCGCAUUUUAGUGUUCAAAAAAAUUGGUCCCAAAUUUAAAGGCUAUGCAAGAAGGCAGCGAUUUAAACUGCAGAGAAAUACUUGAGAAAUUUGGUUGCUAGGUUUUCGCUGGCAAAACUGUUAAAGCGAAGAGAGAUAUUUUGGUUUGAAAAGCCUGGACUAGUUAUUUCGAGUGGGCAAAAUUUCGAAAAAAAAAAAAAUAUAUAUAUAUUCGAAUAUAUCCGCCUUGGACGCGACUACAACCCAGAAGCCAAACCACUUAAUAAUGAAGUUUAACACUAUUUUAUUGCAGGUAUUUUGGUAUUAUGAUUGUUUAGCAUUGUUCACUACAUAAUGUCAUCUUGACGAUUCUUCCUAGUGAAUUCUUUUCAAGCUAUUGAACAGAAUUCUGAGUAUAUAUAGCCUUGAUAUGUAUUGCAAUCAAAUUGCUAGCCAGUUGACUUCCACUCCAGAACACAGUCAUUCCAUAGGCUAAAACCUCCAUGGAUUUUCUGCCCAGGGCUACAUGAAAACAUGACAGAAUGUGUGAGCAGGGCCGCAACUAGAGUCUCUGGCACCCGGGGCAUGAAUGGAUUCAUGCGCCCCCCCCCCCCCUUCUUUUUUUGUACAUACCACACUAAUAAAGCGGAUGACCGGGGGCCCGCCCACGGAAAAAUGCUGCUAUUUAAGCAUUUUCCAUACCUACAUGUAACAGUUUCUGUGCUACUGUAACUUCCAUGUAUGAACCCACUACCAGUUGUAGUAGGAAUUACAAUGCAAGCGAUUUCGGCCCCCCACAGCUUUGCGCCCGGGGCGUAUGCCUCGCUUGCCCCCCCCCCCCCCUCCUAGUUGCGGCCCUGUGUGUGAGGCACAAAGUUACUUGUUGCUGCUAGGGAGAUACUAUUUCAGCCCAUUUGUUUCAGUAGCAUUCCUCUGAGAUAUUAUGUAUCAUGCAAUGGGACCAAUUAUGAAUCUCGUCUCAAUAAGUAUGUAUGUAAUAGUGUGCUUAAAGAAUAUACAUGUGUCCAUAAAAGAAUGUCCCAGUUUCAAUGGUAUAUUAUAACUUUUUAAUUUAGUCUAUUUAAAUAAAUCAUACAUACAAUUGAAGGUAAACUUACCUAAAUUUUCUUACAAAUGUCCGAUAUAUGCACCUUUAGUUAUACGGCAUAAAUCCUCGUUAAAGUCCAAUUCUUCCCACACGUUGGUUAACAAGUCCGGAGUAAUGGAAGCAAAUAGCCUCUUAGAUUCUGUGUCUCAACUCUAGGAAAUCAUUAGGUAGCGGCGGAACGUAGACAUGAUCUUUUAUAAAGCCCCAAAGGAAAAAAAAAUCGCAUGGCAUUAUGUCAGGUGAACGUGGAGGCUAGCGAAAAAGAGCUCUGUCGUCUCGACCAUUACAACCAAUCCAACGGCCAGGGACUUGGACGUUCAACCACUCUCGUACAAAGAGAUUCCUAGGGGGAGGGGCUCCAUCCUGUUGCCAAAUAAAGGUUACACGUUCACCCUCUACUUAUUACCUUGAACCAGCACACUACAACGCUUAUAGUUGAUACUAUUAAAAUUUAUAACUGGAACAUUCUUUUAUGGACUUAGGGCAAAAUAGUUGACAGUGACUAGGCAACAUUUUUUUUUUCACUUUCGAGAUUAAGCAAUCACAUAAGUGAUGAAGAUACUCGUUAUGCCUUAAAGUACAGACUUACCUAUGUGUGUAUUCACUAAAACGAGAAUUGACUGUCCCCUAACGUAGUCGAACCUCUGAUAGUUUUCACUUUCAUACAUCUUGUGUAGCAGAGGUUAUGGAGAUGGUUAGGCUGUUGGAAGUACACAUUUUAUGAAUCUUUGUGUGAACAGAAUUAGAUGAGAAAUUCUUCACGCACAGUAUUCUUUUCAUACCGCAAGCGGUUUUGGAAAUCUGACAGUCCCUGUUUACAAAUUUAACAGACUUAUCUUAACAAAUUUCGGCAACCUCCUUGGUUAACGUGUCACCAUUUUGUGAAAAUUUGUCGUAUUUAUAAAAAUUUGACGGCAAUUUGGUGAAAUUAAACAGUCACCGCUUUUAAAAAACUUUCAGCUUUACCUCAAAAUUUUUUUUGUUUAUUAAAAUGUUUUUAGCUUUUAAUUUAAAAAGCUGUUACAUAUCUUAUAUUUUAAGUUGAGAUUUCGUACUAGAAAAACUUUCAUAGAUUUAACUGUCUGAUAUAAUGACCUGAUUUCACCGGAAUUUCAUCGUUAUUAUCCAUAACACUAACCCAGUAUCAGGAAAGAAUAGCACAUUUUUUUAAAGAUAAAAUAUCAAAAACAAUGUGGAAAUUGAAGAUCCAAGUUUGGUUUAGAAACGUAGUUUUAAUGAGUUUAUUUUUAAAAUUUACCAGGGUAGAGGUUGCCGAAACCCACGUUUUGUUUUUCCAUACCCCGCAGCCAUUAUCUCUCUUCCCCCCCCCCCCCCUUCCGAGAUUUGACCCUUUAUAAAAUAUCUGACCUUCACAAAUUUUAGGGCCCCACAGCUUUCAAGAAUUGGAAAAUGGCCUUUAUAAAUUUAAGCAGCAUUUUUUGUGCAUUUUUUUUGUGAUAAUUAGAUUGUUUCACUUGCAAAUGUUACACUCUACUUAAAAAAAAAAAAUUCACAGCCUUACAAUUUUUCAGCCAUAACUCAAAAAGAAUUACGUAGUCUCAUUUUACAAUUAAGUACCCAAGGCCGGCUAACACAAGCGUGACUUGAGGCAAAUAUUGUAUUUUUCCAUUUAAUUAAGCUGCAAAGUUUUUGCUUAGAUUUUACUUAACUGAAUCUAAAAGUGGCCCAAAGUUAGCUUUACGUUCAAAGGACGGUGGAAUUUGCAUUUUGCCUUACAUUAGACUAAGACAUCUCCACUAAUUGUGUAGCCUUUUUCAUGUGUGUAUUGUUUUUAAUGACUAUUGCAUUCACUAGAACUACUGCAUAUGAUGUAAUAACUUUUUUCUUAGCUAUUGCUCUAUAAAAUAUUUUUAAUCUAGCAGAUUUACUAUAAAAAUAAAAUUUUUGUAUCACUUAUUGAUGUAGCUUUGUUUCGAAUGUGAUUUUGCCUUUGUCAUAUCUUUGUAAUAAGGCUGUAUUAAGAGCUUAAUAUUGUGUAUUAAAGAUGUGUCAAUAUUUUUAUUAAUAAAUACCACAAUUAUUUGUUUA